UGCUUCCUUAAAUUAGCAUGUUAAAUACCGCUAACGUUAGCAAAAACAAGUAAACCCGUUAGUUUGUGUCACAGUAGCUGGCUGGUUAGCUUGAGUUUUCGAGUUCAGUUUGUCGAUGUAAUGAUUGUCAUUGUAUAAUCAACCCCAUGAAAACUGAAGUGGUUCAAUAAUCUGCCGCGGCUGAGGAGUGAGUCUGUUGACUGUGUGUACAACAGUGAACCCAGCUCGAACCCAUGAUGAUGCUCCAGGAUGGGUCAUUACAACUCCUUUGCCUCACAGCCAGCAGUGGGGUCCCUCUUUUCACAAGGGGUGCCUCCAAACAGCUCCCAUUCUCGGUCAUCGGCUCCCUGAACGGCGUCCACAUGUUCGGAGGUGGUCAGGGAGUGGUGUUGUCCUGCUGUGAGACUGAAGGCGGCGGGAAAGUGGUGUGGAGAGUUUUUCAAGACAGUGUGAUGCUCAUUGCUGUGAGUGGAGGAGGUGGACAAGGUGGUGCAGGCAGCAGCAGCAAAGAGGAGGAGAUCCGUUUACAGCGUCUGUUGGAGAAUGUGUGGAACUGCAUGGUGCUGGUGCUGGGUCAGGACGAGUUGGCCAACGUGAGGAAUGUGGAGCGGCUGAAGAGGGAUUUGCGCUCCUGCUUCAGCCUCAUUGAUCAGCUGUUGGAGGAUAGGCAAGAGGGCAUCCUGGGUAACCUGACACACUGUGCUGACACCCUACUGCCUCCAAACCCCACUCUUCUUCAAGAGGCUGUGGAGGGCUUCGCACAAGCUGCAGACAGCGAGUUCGGUUGCCUCAUCGUCCACGGGCGGAUAGCGGCGGCCACUGAAAAGUGGUGGCGACUGGCACCGCAGGAAGUUGUGCUGCUCUCUGCUUUGAUGCGGUCCCUCUCAGCCUCUGGAUCAGCUUCCUGCGACUACCCAGUUUUCCUUCCUCAGGGCAGCCCCACUGUGGCUCAUCGUCUGCUCCGCUUCCAGCUGCUACCAGGGGCAGAUGUGUGUGUGCUGUGCGGCCCAAGCCCUUCCCUGCACAGAGCCGAGAGUGGGCUGGUGGGCCGUUUCUGGUCACCUCUGGUGGAGACCUUGAGAGACUGCUUGGCUGUCGGAGAACGCUGCUUACCUGGAUCUGUAUCCCUGCGUCCUGAUGUGCUGGCACUUCUCCUCAUCAACCGUGAAACACGACGUUCAGUGUCCUGUGUGCGGACUUCCACUAUUCACCCGCUUGGUGACGCUCCUUUGCCCUCCAAGGCUCGCUGCUGGGAACUACUGAAGCUCUUCUACAUCUUCAGCACUACACGCUACUUCAGCCAGGAGGAGACAUUGUGUGUGUCCCCAGAGGAGAGGGUUCAGAGAGGCAACACAGAGGACUUUGUCCUUGGAUUCUCCCACCAGCCACUACAAUGCUAUUUAGUUACAGAAGAGUGUAAAAGCUACGGACUUCAGACACCACAACACCAGCUUUUCCUGCUCAUCCCGCUGUCAGUGCCGACGUUCGCACUGCGUACAGUGGCUACACAGACUCUCUCUGAUAUCACUGCAGCCACUGUGCUUUAAUUAUUUACUUAAUAUGGAACCCUGUAAUGUAAUUACAGUCACCUGUAAUGUGUAUUCAUCACUGGCAUUUUGAUUCUAUCUUUAUUGAUAACUGCAAUCACACACUGCUAUCGUUAUUGCUGACAAAGUGAUCAUGGAGCAGAAAAAUUAGCUUCCAUACCGAUUUCUGUAAAAACAGUGACUUAUAGACUACUGGAAAGACGUGUACAACAGAAAAUUAUGCCACUAUUAAUGGUCUGAUCAGGCAUUUCAGUAAACUGCUGUUCAAGAAUUUAAUGCUGAUGAAAAUAUGAAAGUGAAACUGCUUUGAGCUUGAAAGAUAGUCACUGUUGCACAAUUGUGUCUAACUUCACUGGCAACCUAGAUUGCACUGAAUCUAAAAAAUGUACUAAAUAGUCAUGUGAAAAUGUUACACUGGGAUGAAGAUGUGCCUGCUGUUCACUGUUAUGACAUUUUGAAUCAUGUGCCUUCAAAAAAUAUAAAAACACUUUACUUUAGUUUCAAUCCUAAUUAUAGUUCUAUGCUUUCUGUAGGUCUUUCUAUAAUUGAGAGACUUUUCACAUUUUUCUUGCCACAGAUUUUAAUAUUAAAUAAAUACAGUUGGUAAUGAGAAGUUA